UCAGCGCUGGGGCAGAGCGGGGUGUAGGAGAGGCGGUUGCGGGUGUUAUGGAGAGUGCCGGGAGCUGCUGGCUGCUCAGUCCCGGGUUCCUGCUCCUGCUGCUGGGUGGUGCGGUGGGCUGGGUGCUCGGGCCGCUGCCGGCGCUGUUGCUCCUGCUGCCGUUCGCCCUGACCCGGUUACACCGCCUUCUCUUCGCUCCCCUGCAGCUCUUCCGGGAGCUGCACGACGUGGGCUACACCCCUGACCCCGGCGCUAGCCGUCGCCACACGGCCGACGAGGUGAGGCGGAGGCGCAAGCGGGGAGAGCUGCCCCCGGUCUACCCGAACGGCUGGUACCGGCUCCUUGGCUCCCGCCAGCUGCCCGUGUCCCAAGUGAAAAAUGUCACCAUUUUCGGUGAGCAGGUGGCUGUUUACCGGGGCCAGGAUGGGACAGCCUACGUCGUUGAUGCCUAUUGUCCCCACCUGGGUGCCAACCUUGCUGUGGGGGGCCAAGUGUUGGGAAACUGCAUCGAAUGCCCGUUCCACGGCUGGCAGUUCCGUGGUGAGGACGGCAAAUGCACAAAGAUUCCAUAUGCAGAGAAAGUGCCAGACUUUGCGAGGAUUAAGACCUGGCCCUCCUGUGAGCUGAACGGCGCGGUGUACGUGUGGUAUCACUGUGAAGGCCUCGAUCCCAGCUGGGACGUUCCGGUACAGAAUGAGAUCCAGUCCGGAGAGUGGGUGUUCCGUGGUCUCACGGAGCAUUACGUCAAUUGCCACAUCCAGGAGAUCCCGGAGAAUGCUGCUGACGUUGCCCACCUCACGCACCUCCACAGCCCGGCAAUCCUGAGCGGGACCGAUCUCCGAAACACCAGGACCAGCCUCUGGGGCUUUGUGCAGCACAACUGGAAGGUGCAGUGGAGCCCCGAGCCAGAGUCCAACAAGCACUGUUCGCGGAUGCUGGUGAACCAUGCCCUCCACAUCCUGGGCUGGCACUGCCCUCUGCUGGACCUCCACGUCACUGCCAGGCAGGUGGGGCCUGGCCUGGUCUACAUGCUGUUCAGCCACUCGUUCCUGGGACGGGGAGUGAUCCUGCACUGCGUGACGCCCGUGGAACCCCUGCUGCAGCGGGUCAGCCAUUGCAUCUACUACCAGAGCAACAUCCCCGCCAUCGUCCCCAAGUUCCUGAUCAAGGGCGAGUGUAUCCAGUUUGAGCGGGACGUCAUGAUCUGGAACAACAAGAAGUACGUGUCGAGGCCGCUGCUGGUGAAGGAGGACUCGGCCAUCGCCCGCCACCGCCGGUGGUACGCCCAGUUCUACACGCAGAACAGCCCCCGCUUCUCAACCCAGGUGGACGGUCUGGACUGGUGAGGGGAGGAGACAGUGGCUGAGCAGCGGAGUUUGCUUAGGACCGCAGCGGCAGCCCGGGGGCCGUGGCCCGAGCACCUCUGCCGUCUCACGGAUACAAUGGACGGGGCAAUAAAUGCAAACACCGCGGGCAGCUUCCCCACCGGGGGCGGGGGCGGGGCCAGCGGUCUGUGUGCAUCCUUACAAGAGGUUUUCUAGGACUUUUAUUGAUCAGUAAUGUGUACCGAGGGGCUGGUGCCGCCCUUGCCGGCACAGGGUGACCUGGGGCUGCAGGGCUGGUCAGAGGAGGGGGGUCCCGGCUGCUGAAGGGUCCGGCCUGGUGGGGGGGGGGGGGGGCAGGUGACGCACCUGGCCCACCCCGCACUGACUGACAGGCGGGCGGGGGAGGGGGGGGGGUCACCGCUGGAGGGCAGAACUGGACGGGCUGAAUCGUCCCGGGGCAGCGGGACGGGACGGGUUGGAAGUUGUGGCCGUUAACGGAGAGGGGCUGGUGCACAGGCAUCUGGAAUGGGCUUCUGCAGCUGCACGGGGUGUAGCCGGAGUCAGGCAGUGUGUGUGUGUCCGUCCGUCCGCCUGUUGGGUGCAUGUGUUCGUGUUUGUGUGUGUUUCUCUGCAGUGCCUGUUUGUGUACGUGUGUUUUUGCCUUUGGAUGCGUUGUCUGUGUGUGUGUUUACGUGUCUGUGUUUGUGCAUCUGCGUGUAUGUGUGUCUGUGUUUGUGUGUGCGUGUAUCUGCAUGUCUUUACGCGUGUGUUUGUGUAUCUGUGUGUGUCUGUAUCUGUGUGUGUGUGUGUAUAUCUGUGUGUCUGUAUCUCUGUGUGACUGUGUGGGGAGGGGGUGUUGGUUUUAACCUGCAGCUGCUGUGUGUGCCGCGGUGAGGUGCCGUGCUCACGGGUCGACCCCUCUGGGACCAGUCUGCCGAUGGUCCUGCCCAGGGAAGUCCCCAACUUGUUGCACAGACCUACACCGAGCAUCCAGAGCCCGUGGUGUGUGUCCCGGCUCCAGCCAAUUCUCUGAGGGAGCCCCAGAUUAUUUUUUUUAAUUCUUGCAUCAAAUUUGUUUUUAAUAUUGAAAUAAAAUAAACUUUAAUA